AUGUCGACUCUCGAGUCAAACUAUACAGUUAAGAAGUGGUGGAAAGAGGCGGUGGUCUAUCAGGUGUACCCUGCAAGCUUUAAAAGCGGAAAUGCCAUAGACAAGGCCGACGGAUGGGGAGACGUGAGUGGUAUCAUCGAGAAAGUGCCUUAUCUGAGAAGCCUGGGUGUCGAUGUCUUGUGGUCGAGCCCCAUUUACAAGUCGCCGCAAGUCGACAUGGGCUACGACAUUGCCGACUACAAAUCCAUCGAUCCACGGUAUGGCACUUUGGGAGACGUGGAUCUUCUGAUCAAAACGCUGAGCGAUCACGAUAUGAAACUUAUGAUGGAUCUUGUGGUCAAUCAUACCUCCGAUCAGCAUGAUUGGUUUGUCGAGUCUGCGAAGUCUAGAGACUCACCCAAACGAGAUUGGUAUAUUUGGAGACCAGCUAAGGGGUUUGAUCAGGCUGGGAACCCUGUGCCUCCGAAUAACUGGGCUCAGAUCUUGGGCGGUACACUUAGCGCCUGGACUUGGCAUGAAGCAACUCAAGAGUUCUACCUUACUUUACACACGCCAGAGCAAGUUGAUCUCAACUGGGAGAAUGAAAGCGUUGUUGCUGCUAUUUACGAUGUAAUGGAAUUCUGGCUAAGCCGUGGUGUUGCCGGGUUCCGCAUGGAUGUCAUCAACCUCAUUUCGAAGGACCAGACCUUCCCAGAUGCCCCGAUCACCGAUCCGACCUCCAAGUACCAACCCGGCGAGCGAUUUUUCACAAAUGGGCCACGUUUUCAUGAGUUUAUGCAUGGAAUAUACCACAACGUCCUUGCCAAAUACGAGACUAUAACUGUUGGAGAGACCCCUUAUGUUACCGACAUAGAAGAAAUCAUCCGAACGGUAGGAUCCACCGCUCAAGAGUUGAAUAUGUCUUUCAACUUCGAUCAUAUGGAGAUUGAAGACAUCAAAACCAAAGGCGAAUCAAAGUGGACUUUGCGUGACUGGAAGUUGACGGAGUUGAAAGGCAUCAUAUCAGGAUGGCAGAGACGAAUGAAGAAGUGGGACGGCUGGAAUGCCAUAUUCUUGGAAUGUCAUGAUCAGGCGCGGUCGGUGUCACGUUAUACAAAUGAUACGGACGAAUUCCGAGCACGCGGUGCCAAGAUACUGGCACUUUUGGAAACCACACUCGGGGGAACUCUUUACCUCUAUCAAGGCCAGGAGAUUGGCAUGCGCAAUUUUUCCAUCGAUUGGAACCCGGAUACCGACUAUAAAGACAUUGAAUCCGUGAACUUCUGGAAAAAGUCAAAAGAGCUCCAUCCUGUCGGAUCUGAGGAGCUUGUGAAGGCACGAGUUCUUUUGCAGAAGAAGGCUAGAGAUAAUGCCCGCACGCCGAUGCAAUGGGAUGCUACUCCGAAUGCGGGAUUUGCUGCUGCAGACGUGAAACCUUGGAUGAGGUUGAACGAUGACUACAAGGAAAUAAAUGUGGAAGCUCAGAUGAGUUUUCCAUCGCAUGAAGCAGGCGAACUGUCGGUGUGGCAGUACUGGCAACGAGCAUUGCAGCAUCGAAAGCUGAAUAAAGAUGUUUUUGUCUAUGGUGACUUUGAGGAUUUGGACUUUGAAAAUGAGAAGGUCUUCGCGUACUUGAGGACUGACGCUGCCAAGAAAGAGAGAUGGCUGGUUUUGAUGAAUUGGACGACUUCCGCGGUUGAGUGGAGGCUUCCUUCCGGCAUUCAGGUCACGAGCUGGGUGCUGUCUACCCUCCAGACAGCUCCUAUCAGAGCGGUUCAGCCCAGUGUUACCCUUCGAGCAUUUGAAGGGGUAGUCGGUCGCUGCAAAUGA